AUGACAGAAAACCACAUGAGGACUCAUACUGGUGAAAAACCGUACAGUUGUCAAAAAUGCGGUAGAAAUUUCGCCCAAUUAUGCAAUAUGAAAAUCCAUAUGAGGACUCAUACUGGUGAAAAACCGUACAGUUGUCAAAAAUGCGGCAGAAAUUUCUCCCAAUUAUGCAAUAUGAAAACCCAUAUGAGGACUCAUACUGGUGAAAAACCGUACAGUUGUCAAAAAUGCGGCAAAGUUUCACCCAGUCAUUCAAUAUGA